UCAACAACAUCAAAGGCAAUAAAUCACACCAUUUACCCCACCGAUUCCAAAACAAAACCUGCUCUGUCUCAGACACAAUCUCACAAACACACCGCAACACAACAUAAAAACAACAUUGGUAGUGUCUGUGUUACUCUCUCUCUCUUUCUCUCUUCUCUUUCUGUGUUGUGUCUGAAGCAAAAGCCGCCAUGGAUUGCCGCAUCUAUGGCGUCACCAUCCUUCUCUUCCUCCUUCCAACCAUCACAUUCUCUCUCCCGCAAGGCCAAAUAAACUCAAACUCAAUCCUCGUGGCUCUGUUGGACUCGCAUUACACUGAAGUUGCUGAGCUAGUGGAAAAAGCCAUGCUCCUUCAGACGCUCGAAAACACGGUAAUGAAACACAACAUCACAAUCUUCGCACCCAGAAACGAAGCUCUCGAACGCGAUCUCGACCCUGAUUUCAAGCGCUUCCUUCUCGAACCCCGCAACCUGCAGUCUCUCCAAACCCUUCUCAUGUCUCACAUCGUCCCCAAAAGAAUCACUAAACCCGAAUACCGAUCCGGGUUAAGUAACCCAGCUCGGCCCACCCGACACAAAACCCUAGCCCCGAAUUACCACCUCUCUCUCCAGACCGUUAAUUCCACUCACUGGAACGUCGACUCUUCACGUGUCACCCACCCGGAUUCCCUGACCCGACCCGACGGCGUCAUCCAUGGCAUCGACACGCUCAUCAUCCCUCGCUCCGUACAAGACGACUUCAACCGCCGCCGCAACCUCAUCUCCAUCGCCGCCGUGAAACCCGAAUCCGCUCCGGAGGUCGACCCGCGCACCCACCGCUUGAAAAAACCAGCUCCCCCGUCGCCGGCAGGCUCCCCACCUGUGCUUCCGAUCUACGACGCGAUGGCGCCGGGACCCUCACUGGCGCCGGCGCCGGCGCCUGGACCGGGUGGACCCCACCAUCACUUCAACGGAGAGAGACAGGUGAAAGACUUCAUCCAAACGCUCCUCCACUACGGUGGUUACAACGAAAUGGCGGAUAUUCUGGUAAACUUAACGUCACUGGCGACGGAGAUGGGACGGUUAGUUUCGGAGGGUUACGUUUUGACGGUGUUGGCUCCUAACGACGAAGCGAUGGCGAAGUUGACGACGGACCAGCUGAGUGAACCGGGUUCGCCCGAACAGAUUAUGUACUAUCACUUGAUUCCCGAGUAUCAGACCGAGGAGAGCAUGUACAAUGCCGUUAGAAGGUUCGGGAAGGUCCGUUACGACACGUUACGGUUGCCUCAUAAGGUGACGGCGCAGGAGGCUGAUGGCUCCGUCAAGUUCGGUCACGGCGACGGGUCCGCGUAUUUGUUCGACCCGGAUAUUUACACGGAUGGACGGAUCUCCGUUCAGGGAAUCGACGGAGUUCUGUUACCGCCUCAGGAGGAGGAGGCUGGGCCUGUGACCCGGGCCCAACCCGCUAAGGUCGUUGUUAAGCAAAGAAGAGGAAAAUUGUUGGAAACAGCGUGUUGGAUGCUUGGAAGCUUUGGUCAGAAUUCCAGAUUCAUCUCUUGUCAAUAAACUGCUCUUAUCAGCAUGCUAGCAAGACUCGUUAAGAACGAAAAUACUGCACAGGAAAUUCCAAAGAUGUAAAAAGUCAACGGAAUGUGAAGGCCAGGUUACAUGAAAAUGGUUAAUAGCAGGUUCUAUGGGUUUGGUUUAUAUUCCCCAGUUUUUGUGAUGCUCUUUUUCUUUUUCCUUCUCGAUUUUCUCCUUGUGGAUUUGGGUCUUGAACUGGAGAACAAAAGCUUCUUCUUCUCAAGUGUAGUAAAACAAUAUAUAGUGCAUAUAUGCAAUUUAGAUUCAGUUCUUAGCAGUGCUGCCACAAAUCGUUAGGAGGUUGUGUCUGGUGGGAUGAGAAGGCUUUUAUGUAAUAAGAUGGCAGGGAAAUCUGUGCCCGAUUCAGUAAGUAAUUUUACAAAUGGAAAUACAGUAAUAAUCGAUCAAUAAAAUGAUUCUUUUCUGUA